GAAUUCUUCAAGCAAAAAUUGUAAUUUAUAGAGCUUCCAAGUGACUGGGAUUCAGAGGGCCAUGCUGCUUCUCAAUGCCUUACCCCAACCCAAGCCCAAUUGCUGAAGAAUGAAGACCAGUGCAGAGAUGGUGUUUCUAAGGACGUACAAAAGGUGUAGGCCUCCUGAUUGAGAUGUUCUUCUGUCUUAUUCAUUUGGCCAGGACAGUGCUGCUGCCAUCGGAGCUUAAGUCAUGAUUACACUAACAGAACUGAAGUACUUAGCCGACGCCCAGUCCUCCUACCAAAUACUAAAACCAUGGUGGGACGUCUUCUGGUACUACAUCACCCUGAUCAUGUUACUGGUGGCCGUGCUGGCCGGGGCCCUCCAGCUGACGCAAAGCAGAGUCCUCUGCUGUCUUCCUUGUAAAGUGGAAUUCGAUAAUCACUGCGCAGUGCCUUGGGAUCUGAUCCAAGCGGGCUCGAACGCGUCCACCGUUCCGGCGAUCGCACGACCCCUCCGGAUCCAGACCGACCUGCACCGCCAGCAGUAUUCCUACAUCGACGCCGUCUGCUACGAGAAACAGCUCCAUUGGUUCGCCAAGUUCUUCCCGUACCUCGUGCUCCUGCACACGCUCAUCUUCGCCGCCUGCAGUAACUUUUGGCUCCACUACCCCAGCACCAGCUCCAGGCUGGAGCACUUCGUCGCCAUCCUGCACAAGUGCUUCGACUCUCCGUGGACCACCCGGGCCCUGUCGGAGACGGUGGCGGAGCAGUCCGGGAGACCCCCGGCGUUCGCCAAGUCCAAGGUCUUGCUCUCGUCCUCGGGGAGUUCGGCGGACACCGAGACCGGCAAACAGUCGGUCUCCUACGGCCAGACGGGCCUGGAGCCGUCGGGCCUCGAGGGCCCGACCUCCAGCGUCUUGGACAAAAAGGAAGGGGAACAGGCCAAGGCCAUAUUCGAAAAGGUGAAGAGAUUCAGGACGCACGUGGAGCAGAAGGACAUCAUCUACCGUGUGUACAUGAAGCAGAUCGUGGUCAAAGUCAUUCUGUUCAUCCUGAUCAUCACGUACGUGCCCUAUUUCCUCACCUACAUCACCCUGGAGAUCGACUGUGCGGUCGACGUCCAGGCCUUUACCGGGUACAAGCGUUACCAGUGCGUCUAUUCCUUAGCGGAGAUCUUCAAGGUCCUAGCCUCGUUCUACGUCAUCUUGGUCAUCCUCUACGGCCUCACCUCGUCUUACAGUUUGUGGUGGAUGUUGAGGAGCUCCCUGAAGCAGUAUUCCUUCGAGGCACUGCGAGAAAAAAGCAAUUACAGCGACAUCCCCGACGUCAAGAACGACUUCGCCUUCAUCCUUCACCUCGCGGACCAGUACGACCCCCUUUACUCCAAACGCUUCUCCAUAUUCCUGUCAGAGGUGAGCGAGAACAAGCUCAAGCAGAUCAAUCUCAACAACGAAUGGACGGUGGAGAAGCUGAAGAGCAGGCUGGUGAAGAACGCCCAGGACAAGACGGAAUUACACCUUUUUAUGCUAAGCGGCCUUCCGGACAACGUCUUCGAGCUGAGCGAAAUAGACGUGCUUAGCCUGGAACUGAUUCCCGAGGUCAAGCUGCCCGCCACCGUGUCGCAACUGGUCAAUCUCAAAGAGUUGCACCUCUACCAUUCCUCGCUGGUGGUGGACCACCCUGCCCUGGACUUCCUGGAGGAAAAUUUGAAAAUCCUGCGCCUGAAAUUUACCGACCUGGCCAAAAUCCCCCGGUGGGUGUUUCACCUGAGGAAUCUCAGGGAGCUGUAUUUGUCCGGCUGUCUCCUCCCCGAGAACCUGAGCUCUCUGCAAAGCGACGGGUUUCAGGAGCUAAAGAACCUCAGGACGCUGUACUUGAAGAGCUGUCUCUCCCGGAUCCCUCAGGCUGUCACGGACCUGCUGCCUUCUCUGCAGAAGCUGUCUCUUGAUAACGAGGGGAACAAACUGGUCGUUCUGAACAACCUGAAAAAGUUGAUGAACCUGAAGAGCCUGGAACUGAUCAACUGUGACCUGGAGCGGAUUCCUCACUCCAUUUUCAGCCUGAACAAUUUGCAUGAAAUAGACCUAAAGGAAAACAACCUCAAAACGGUAGAGGAGAUCAUUAGCUUUCAGCAUCUGCAGCACCUCUCUUGCUUGAAGCUGUGGCACAACAACAUCGCCUAUAUUCCCGCCCAGGUCGGCGCCCUCUCCAACCUGGAACAGCUCUUCCUAAGCCAUAACAAUAUCGAGAAUUUGCCCUUGCAGCUUUUCUUGUGCACCAAGCUCUAUCAUUUGGAUCUCAGCUCGAAUAACCUAACCUUUAUUCCGGAGGAAAUCCAAUAUUUGAGUAACCUCCAGUACUUUGCUGUGACAAACAACAAUAUUGAGAUGCUACCCGAUGGAUUAUUUCAGUGCAAGAAGCUGCAGUAUUUACUUCUGGGAAAGAACAGUUUGAUGAGCUUAUCUCCUCGCGUGGGUGAACUGUUGAAUCUUGUCCAGCUGGAGCUCAUUGGAAACCACCUAGAAACACUCCCAGCCGAGCUAGAAGGAUGUCAGGCUCUGAAGCGCAGCUGUCUGACCGUAGAAGAGAACUUGCUGAAUACACUUCCUCCCCCCGUGACGGAACGUUUACAGACGUGCUUAGAUAAAUGUUGAUGAAGGGAAGACACGAUCUCAAAAUCCCUUGAAAGGCUUGGAUUGAAAAGUAAAAAGCUGUUGUCUAAACUGAAAAGGGUGGGAGGAGAGGAAAGAAGAGUAUCUUGGGUCUCAAGUCUAGUCAGGUGCAUUGACCUGCUCUUGUUCUUGUUAGGGACUCCAUGCGCAGUUUGCACCGAAAUCAUGGGAGGUAAGGCACGCUGUAGAGGUGUUUGGUGAGUAAAUGAUCCUGUGGUGACUGAGGUGUUUCAGUGCAGAGGUGUGGGGAUGGAAGGAUCAUGGCUGUUCAGAGGCCAGGGGAAAUUGGGCUGUUUUUCUCCCAUCGUUCCAAAUCUGAGAAAUGUUUUCAAUGACUUUGAUUUGGCAUCUGAGGCCUAGAUCAAUGAGAUAGGUUCUUGAAAUAUGCACUCUACUGACUUUAAGUAACAGGCUUAACUGCCUCGAUGCAUUGUGUGGGGAGGGGGGCUUUUUAAACUGCUAACUUAUCUCCCAGCUUAGCUAUGUCUUCCUCAUUCUGCUGUUCUCAAGAUGUACAGAAUGAGCCCUGAGAGUUCUCCUGCCCCAAGCUGUCGAGAACCGAAGUGGUCCUGAGAAUAUGCAGUUGGGCCAGGGUGAUUCUCUACGUCAAGGCCCUUAUUUCGUUUCCCUCGGUUUUCUAUUCAAAAAGUAAUAAAGAAAAAAAAUUACCUAGCUCUUUCCAUUGAGGGAUCUUGACCUGUAAGUCCAGAAGUCAAUUUUGCGAUCUACUAAGAAUCAAAGAACUUUUAACAGCAAGUGCUUAGAACUGCUGUAAAUUGUGAAUCUGAUGUUUGUAAUAUGUUCAGUUUUGAAACAUUACCAUCCUGUAACAGAUCACCACCAUCUGCCACUUUAGCAAAAGAGAUGGUUCUCUUUCGUCUGGUUCUUUGGGGGAUCGCCGGCAUAGCUCGGAAGAGGGCAACUUCUCCUACAGUCCUCCGCAGGGGAGAGGAGGUGGGUGAUUGCCACGUCUGCCUCUUCCCCGGGGUGGUUACUGUGCAGGUACGAAUCCAUAUCGAUUUGCAAAAACUGCUGAUUUGUUUUUAAUUUAAGAAAAGCAAUUGUCAAAUAUUUGUAAAUGCUUCAGCAGAAUCCCGAAAUCUUUUCUCUUUCCCCAUAUACUAGUUACUAGGCAAAUGACUUUGCCCCAACUCCAUAUUUAUUCAUGAAGAAUGUUCAAAGUUUGCAAAAGGAAUAUGUACAUUUUCACACAUAAAUUUGUUUUAUAUCUACUUUGUGUAGUUCUUCAGGAAUUCAUUUGCUUCUCUUUUAAAGGUCUGUAUGUUUUACCUAUUGUGUGUCCAUUGUAAAUUUAAUAAAAUGGCUGGCAAACUUUCAGGGAAUGUACAUUUUUUUUUCUCUCUCUUAAGAUUGUCGAGGUGUUAACUGCCUCAUUCUGGACCUAAAAUGUAAAUUAACAUAUAACAAGCAAAAAAAACCACCUGAAAAACAUUUUGGGUAAAGAGCACUGUAAAUAUGGACUUUGUGUUUAUACGUUGAAAUAUUUUUCGUAACUUUCUGUCCAUAUCUGAUAAAAACCAGUCGCUGUUAAAUUGGGGAAAGAUGUGGUUUAUCUUAAUUUUAUUUUUCUCCGUGACUGAGGUGCUGAUAGUAAAAGUAACAUACCCCAUGCAUGUUAAGCUAGGUUUUUACACUUCAUGAUAGAAAUGUGAAUGGUCUCCAGGAAAUAAUCAACAAGGUGUGUCCUCUUCCACCAUGUUAAUGUUCCGAGGAGGAAAAAGCCUCAUCCCUUAGCCAAAUUCACCUAUAGUCCAGGACUUUUAACUUCUCAGGGAGCAACUUUCAUUGAUGGGGACUUCAGGUGGCAAACCUACCUAGGUUUUCUACACUUUCAAAGGAAUGAGGUUUUUAAUGAGCUGAUGAUCAUAUUUAACUUGUUAUGCAAUAGGAUCUUUUUUCAUAUCUAAGAGCACGAAUAUAUGAAUAAAAUACUCGGGUAUAAGUCUCAGUAAAUAAAUCCCCCCCUCUUGCAUAUUUUCUGGCCAUCUAUCCAGCCAGGGUACUUCUUACAACCCCAUAAACAGAAAACAGGAAGUAAAGAAAUGAAGAUUGAGUUAUGACUCAGCUGAAAAGAAAAAAAGAAAAAUGAACAGUCCUGGCUGAGGAGCUAAAUGGCCAAGAUGGUGUUUGGUACUGCAGAGUUCCUUGGUGGGGUUUCCGAAGUCUCUUACAUUUUAGGGCAGGACUCUGUCUUUGGCAUUACCAAGACAGGAGAGGGCAUUCUAAUCUUUGUGGGCAUUGGGGGGAGCAAAGAGGAAGAAAUGAUCAAGUCAGAGCAGAAGCCGUGUGAACCAUGAGUUUGCCUGUAACCUUGGUACUUUCCCCGAGUCACUAAAUUUCUGGGUGGCUUUUUGUCAUUUGAUUAGCAUGGGUGACUUGAACUGGGCUUAUACACAAAAUGUCAGGAGAAAUCCAUUUUUAAAACUUUUUUUUUAAUGAAACUUUUGUUAUAUAAGGGUGUUUAUCUUUUAAGAGACUUAAACAGGGCAGUUUCAGACACAUUGUAAGACAACAAGCUAGGUAGUGAAUUUUCAAGAGAGACGGGGAUUUUUGUAAAGGAGACCCUGCUUCUAGGGCCUGGUUUAUUACUUCAGAGUUCGGUACAACUCCUUUAGGGUCCCUACCUCCACCACCAUUUUUUUCUGUCAUUGUAAUGGACUAAGAGAAAGUGUUAUGCCUAAACGCCAUCUUAUUGAUGACCAAAUUAAAUAUUCACUCACUUCACCCUCUGCAUAACCUGAGCCUAAAUGUUUGUUUUUUUAAAAUAAAAAAAGGACGAAGUAACAACCCUUACCUCUAAAUUCCACCCCAUGAAUGCUGGCGUCCAUCCAUCAGUCAUAUUUAUUGAGCCCUUACUGUGUGCAAAGCACUGUACUAAGUGCUUAGCACUGUACAUCCAGGUAAAAGGAUUAGAGAUCGAUUCCUCUUCUUACCUUAAGUAUAUCAGUCAGUGUGUUUUGUGAUAUUGCCCAACACCAGACAUAAUAUCUGCAUUCUUUAGUCUCAAUUUUUCCUUUUGAUUUUCUGGAAGCUAACAUCUUGUGUGGCCACUAAAACACACUUCAGAUUCAGUACUGAAUGAAACUGGGCAAAGAGAGGAAUUCAGAGGGACUCUAAAUCUCAUAUCAGUUCUAGCAUCCUGUGGUAAGGCCGUGAUUUGUUCGCAUAAUAUCAUCGCUCGAAAGUGAGUCUUUGUUGUUGCUACUUUAAUGUUUUGAUUUAUGCUUUUUAUUACAACAUUGCAUAUUUUGUGAUUGCAGAAUCACCCAACAUUUGAAUAGUUUAAGCAAACUUGAUUGUGUCACUACUUUGAUUUCCUACCACUGCUUUUCUAUUUCUCCUGGCAAAUUUGUGCUUUGUUUUUGUGUGUUGUAUCCAGAGGUCUAUGGGUUUGCAAACCUGAAGGACCUGGAACCCCACCUUGGGAUUUUCAUACCUUUUUGUUCUUCAUACCAAAGAACAUCUUCCCCCCGCCUAUGUCCUUAGUUGUUGUAAUCCAUAUUUCCCACUGGAGUCAUCCAGAGGACCAACAAACCUUCUGGGUUUGUUCUACCCUGUCAAGCACACAGUAAGCGCUCAAUAAACACCACCAAUCUCAUGUGCCAGUUUAAAUUUUAAGAAACCGUGACUGUGCAAUCUAAGUGAACUGAGGGAGCCGGCAAGUGUAAUAGAAUUACAGUGUGCUUUUUUUCUAUUUACAUGGAAAAGACAGAAGCUGCUAAAAGAGGUACAUUCAAAUUUGGCUUCUGCCUGGCUUAUCUUCUAGACUGUAAGCUUGUUGUGGGCAAGAGAAUGUGUCUACCAACUCUGUUGGGUUGUACUCUCCCAAGUGCUAAAUACAGUGCUCUGCACACAGUUCAAGGUUCAGUAAAUACCAGUGAUUGACUGAUUAUUCAUCAUAAAUGUUGUCAAUAGGAUCAGCAUAGUAAAGAAUAAUCAAUUCAAUUUCCAAAAUCAUUUAUUUUCAUUAAGGUCUCCUAACCACUUUCUGAAGGAUUAACAUAGUGUAUAUGCAUAUAUAUAUAUAUAUGUGGAUGUAUAUAUAUAUAUAUAUAUAUUCCCAGCUUUAAAAAUGGCUUCUAUUGGUAUUCAAGUAUACAUUUAUUAUGGGCAUGCAAAGAGUCUCAUAAUUUAUUCCAUAUUUGAGUUCCUGUAUUUUGUUUUUACAGUAUACAGUACGAGAAUUAUAGUGUGAUAUGCAAGUUACUCCAGUAGAGUGGUGAGAACUGAUUUUUGCUGCAUGUUAAGUGUUUAUUUUGGGUCUUUACACUACAAAUGGAGAAGAGUUGAAGUUGUGUAUUGUGUACAAGCAAAACAUAUAUAAGAUAAUCUCAGCAUUAAAGACCCCUCUAAAAUAAACUUUUCUGAGUAAAGAAUUCAAAUUUGUGAGUCAGUUUUUAGAAAUCUGCUAAAAAAAUUCUUCCACUCCCUUUCCAAGUGUGUAUUUUAUAAAUGCUUUUGAUUUUCACCCAGUUGUUUUUAUGUCACAUCUUGAGGGUGGAUCAUUUGUUGAUGUCUUCUAGACUGUAAGCUCAUUAUGAACAGGGAACGUGUCUGCUAAUUCUGUUGUGUUGUACUUCCCCAAAUGCUUAGUACAGUGCUUUGCACAUAUUAAGCACACAGUAAAUAUCUGAUUUAUUGGUAUGUGAAUGAUUAGGAAUUCAAGGUUUCAUACUGUGAUAAUAUGUUGAACUCCAAGUCUCCAUAAAAUGUCCUUGGGGGGAAAUCCCUUUGCUUGAAACUUUAUGAUGUGUUGACAAACUCCAAACUGGUUUUCAAAGUUUGUUUUGGCAGAUUAAAAAUGCAACAUUUAUAUGAAGGCAAAAUAAACUUACUAAAUGUAGGUGGAA